AUGAUUUCCACGGCUUCAAUGCCGACCAACACGGAGGCAACCCCAAAUUCAUUGGAAUAUACAAAGACGGAGGAGAGUUCUACUGUUGUUGUGAGCGGACAGGCAGGAAAACUCGAUAAGUGGAGUUUAAUAGAAGUUAGAGUUGGAUUUGAUGUUACGAGAAAGGGCGAGCGGAGCCUGGUGAUUAACGGCUACAAGUUCACCAAGUCGCGCGACGGCAUGUCAGACAGAGUGUUCUGGAGAUGUUCGCGACGCGAAUGCAAGGCCACAGCGGUGACGGUAGGCGAGAGGCUUGAACACGUUCGCAUCCUACACGAGCACGAGAGACCACCUUCAGGUGAGUUCUACGCCGCCACCACCCCAGCUGUCACUGUUGCCACGGCGACGGCUGCUGCCACUCUUACUAGUCCCAGCGGACAACGAACUCGACGCAGGAGUAGCAAUCAGCCGCAACAGUCCAUUCGUGGAGCAUCUCAACAAGUCAAAUCCGAGUCCACUCCUCCACCUUUUCGUAACGCCCCCUUAGAGCAAAAAACGCCAUCUGUCAGUUCAGUAGAGCGUGGAACUGACAGUAAAUUGGAUAACGGAGUUCAACUGCCACUUCCUCCUACCGAGAUGCUUGCAACUGCUCCACCUGCAGUAAAGUAUACCACCUUCUCCGAGGUUGAUAGUCGAGGUCUGAGUACUCUCGCCGAUGCCGCAGCCUCCCAAUUGAAACGCGAUUCACAGAACUCAACUCCUGAUCCUCCGUGUGAAGCCCCUGCAGCCUCGCCAUCUUCUCAGACCUCUUUGGCAUCUGGGGUACCUUUUCUCCUCUUAGGACCUCGAGAUCUCUCUUCGACCGUCUUGAUCGGAGGGACCAACACCCCCGAAGGUCCUCCUCUCAUAACCACAUCAUCUCCUUAUUUUUCCCCUAGCUCCACACGUCGUUUCUCUGUUUCUGAAGUGCCAAUUUCAGCAAGAAGUUGCCUUCCACGAUCAUCCCUCCAAGUCGAUCAAUACUCCUCUCUUCGGGCAACCAACUUUCAUGAUGCGACGACGGGAGUUCGAGGAGGAGCACUCUUUCCGGCAUCUGCUGGCGGUGGUGGAGGAGGGAUGUUGCUGCAUUGGAAGAAAGAAAAAAUGUUGGAAUCAAAAGCGGAGGAAGAGAAGGCAGAAAUGGAGCAGUUGCAACAGCAACAGAGUUUCGGCAGACGACGCUAUUACACUGCAUCUCCUUCCUCAACAACCCGUGCCGGAACUGUAGUUGCUGCUCCUGCUUCUACCUCUACUUCUUUGAUGGCGACGUCGCCCAGUUGCGAUGCUGUUGUAACAGAAGAAGGGAAUACAGAACGUCCAACGUUGAAGAGAAAGCGAUGCGCCUCCGAUUGUCACCCUCCUCCUGUCUCUGUUCCUUACUCUUGUCCUUCCUCGACGUCACCAGCCAACAACCUCUCGGUUUCUUCAAUUGAUCCGCAAACAACAAUGAUAACUCCGUCGUCACCUCAGGUUGUGGAUUGGCACAAUCAAGUGCACAAUGAGCUGCAGUCCCAGAUGUAUGCAACCAUUCGGCAGUUGUUGGCCCGAGUGAACGCAGCCGAAGGGACCGAGAACGUGGUGGCUCUCUGCAGUGCUAUGACAGCUUGUCUGGACACAAUCGCCGCCAGCAAACGCGCUCGUCUCGAUCUCCCCCCACCAGUUGCCCCUUGA